AGUCGGUGGGAUUUUUUGCGCCGGUGGAAAAACUCAGCGGGAGAACUCAAGGGAAGCAAAAAAUAAAAAUAAAAAUUGGCGGGAGAAGAGAAAAGGCGUGUAAGAAGCGGCGAAGCAACGAGUAGAGUAGCCAGCGGGCAGGCGAAUCCCAUCGCAGCGGCUCUUCGUCUUCACGCCUCGCCGCUUCCCACGCGAGUCAAGUGAGCUGGUGGCGCGCCACUUCGGGCGGAAAUGGAGCUGCUCGCGAAGCCCUUCGGCUGCGUGGUGGCGCUGGUCCUGUCUCUCGGGGGCUGCCUCAGCCUGGUCUCCCCCUACUCGGGUCCGGGUCGUUCGGGCGCCAGAAACAAAAACUGGUGUGCCUAUGUAGUGAACAAAAAUGUGAGUUGCUCUGUGCUGGGUGGCACUGAAAGCUUUGUUCAAGUUCAGUAUGUAUGUCUUUGGAACCAAGAACCCUGCCCACAUAGUUUCCCAUGUAUCGAACAAGUUUUGAGGCCUAAAUAUAUUUUAACAUACAAGAUGGUAACCGAAUUAGAGUGGAGGUGUUGUCCUGGAUACAUGGGUGUAGAUUGCAAAGAGGCUGUAGCAGAAAAGCCAAGAUCAAUAGCUUACCCAGCAGAACUUCCACCCAAUGAUAUGAAGCCAAGCUUGGAUUCUAGACCAAAGCAAAAACAAGAAGAUUCACAAGAUAAAAAAAUACAGUUUCUGGAGGAUGAAUUCCGGCUUACACAGACUGUGCUAGAACUUCAGUCUGCUAUAACCAAUGCGGAUAAAUCCAAAGUUACUGUGCAAGAAGAUGCAAGUCAGAGAGAAAUAUCUUGGUUGAACAACCUUCAUGAUCAUCCAGGAUUGGACAGUACUUCGGAGGAAAAACAGAGAAUAAAUAUCCAUUGAACACUACAUGACUCAUACAACCUGAAACAGAAAGACUAACAUCUGAAGAAGAUAAAUAGAGGAUGGCCUGAAAGCCAAAUUAAUAGGUUGGAACAACUGAAUGGGAAAGUAAAUGACUAUGAAGGGCAAUUAAAGCAGCUCCAAGAAGCAGCCCAAGGACCAACAAUAACAAUGCCCAACAGUCAGUUGUACCAGGAAUACAUAGAUGCUAAAUUUGAAGCCCUGAGACAGGAUAUGUUGGAAGGAUUUGAAAAGAAAAUGGCAGAUGUGAAAAAUUCCUGUGAAUAUAAGUUGACAGAUAUUCAACAAUAUUGUAACGAUCACGAGGCCAAUUUCUUAGGACUUAGAGAAUCUGUUGCAGAAAAAGAAAAUGACCUAAGAAAACAAAUUCAAAAUCUACAGAAUGUUAUCAAAGUACCAUUAAACCAUUCGUGUUGCAGUGACGAUAUUAGAGAACAGAUGAGUACUUUGGAUAAAAAGAUAGAGAAAAUUGCAGAAGCAAAUAAAAUUUUAAAUGCCAGGAUAGAUAAUGAAAUAAAACAUAUUUCCACUCCAUAUUCAGAAGACAACUUUGAUGAAAAAUGGGAGGAAAUAGAAGCAAGGAUUAAUGUUACCGAGAAAAAUGCUGAAGAACAUUGCUUUUACAUUGAGGAAACUCUCCGUAAUGUUAUAGCUACUAAAACAGAUGAAGUAAGGGACUUAUUUGACAAAAAGUUCCAAGUAAUAGAAAGCAAACUAGGUUCUACUAUUCUUGAUAUUGCUAAUGUUACCAGUCCAGAUGAUAUAUAUAUUACUCAAGGAUCAACACUGCAGAACAACUCAGAAUCUGAAAAUAAGCGCAUUGUAUUGGAGAUGAAUCUUAUGAAGAACAAAUUACAACACACUGAAGAAGUUUGCCAAUUUUUAUCACAGUAUUUGGAAAGUCUUCAGAAAGGAAUAGAAAACACUAACAGUAAAUAUGAUCAAUUAUUUUUGAAAACAAAAGACAAUUCUGAUAUUUUAAAAUCUUUCAAUAGCUCUUUGAGUGAAAAGUUCAGUUUAAUUAAAGGCACUCAGCGUGACAUUCAUAAACUUCAUAAGGAUCUGAGAAUAGUUCGGUUUGGUCUGCAUGCUAUUGAUAAAGAUGUAAAACUCCUUCAGAAUGAUUUAAACGGCUGUAAAGAACAACUUUUAGGUAUUAAUUCUACGUGUGGAAAGACACAGCUUGAGUUACUCAGAAAAACAGAUGAAAUACAGAAAAUGAUGAACAAUCAAACAAUUCACCAAACAAUAUUGUUGCAAUCACUUGAACAAAAGAUAAAUCAACUGAAUAGGGAAGAAUUGUUUAACUUGACCAAAUGUAAGGAUAAAAUACCUGGCAUCUCAGACUUGGAAGAAGUAUCAAAUGUUGAGAAAACUUGCAAUAAACUAGAUUCUGUCUCUAGCACUCAAAAGAUAAAGGAGGGAGUAAACAGACACAUCUCCAGUCUCUGGAACUGUUUUGAUCAGAUGAACAUAACUGUAACAUCCCAUUCAAAAGAUAUUCUUAGCCUCAAAAAUUUUACCCAACAGUUUAAUAGCCAGUUUCACAAAUUUGCCAUUGAUCUUCAGAACCCGAAGAAAAUUCAGCCUUCUAUAUAUGAAAAACCAUCAGUGCUGUUAGCAAAGGAACAGGAGAAAGAACAAGGAGAAAUUCCUCAGCCACAUUCAGAUCCAACAAAACCAUUACAGUCAUCUCAGCCAGGCAAAUUUCCAGCACCAUCACAGCCAAGGAUUCCUGCACAGUCACAAACAGAAGUGCAUCUGCAUCUCUCCCGAGCUCAAACACCUGUACAAAUUCCAGAAUUAAGAAUACCUCUGCAGCCAUCGCGUCCACAAAUAAUUAUACAGCCCCCAUUGCAAGGAAUACCUCUUCAGUCAUCAGAUUCCAGAAUCCCGAUGGAGCCAUCAAAACCAGGGAUCUCUUCUUUGCCUGGAUCUAGUGGGUUACUGAUGGAAGCUGGACAGGCAGGCCCUCCUGGUACUCUUCUAAGGUCAAGAAAAGGACUGUCAAAAAGAAUAAAUGGGAAGGACGGCCAGAAUAAUAUGCUUAUAUCUGAAGGAUACGCAGGGGCACCAGGUUAUCCAAACCCACCCAAAUCGCCAUCUCCACAAGUAGGAGCUUUUACUUCUUUGGUGUCUUUUUCUGCUGGCCUUACAAAGAAGCCUUUCCCUGAAGAUGUGGGUGUGAUACAUUUUAACAAAGUCCUUGUAAAUGAUGGAAAUUAUUAUAACCCUAACACAGGUUUCUUUACAACUCCAUAUGAAGGUCGUUACCUAAUCACAGCUGUUCUAGUUCCUGAGAGAGGUGAAUAUAUUGAAGCAGUGCUGUCAGUCUCCAAUUCAAGUGUUGCUCAGCUUCACACAGCUGGCUAUAAGAAAGACCAACCUGAACAUCGCAAGCCAAGAUCAGGGAAACGGAUUUGUGGUGGAACUGGGGGUUUUCAACUUGUUCUCCAUCUCAAAACAGGUGCAGAAGUAGGCGUCGUAGUUACUGGGGGCAAGCUAGCCUAUGCAGACUCUGAUGAAAUAUAUUCUACAUUCAGCGGAGUAUUUCUGUACCCUGAGCAGAAAAUAAAACCUGAAUUAAAUAUCUAGAAAUUGAACCUGAACAAAUAAUGAAUGAAUUGGAAAGUGUUAAUGUUCCUUUUUCCAUUUUUCUAUAUUUUGAUAAUUUGGCUUAAAUGCUGCUCUUAUCUGUUUCUUCUCCUAUUUGCCUUUUAUUUAUAGAGUAUGGUUAUUUAUGUAUAGACCUAAUUUGGUAUAGUAAUUAAGGCAUCUGGCUAGAAAUCAGAAGACCAUGAAUUCUAGUCCUACCUUAGACCCAAAGCCAGCUGGAUGA